CGCCGCUCCGAGCCCGCCGUGCGCCGGCCCCGGCAGCUCCCGGGCGGGCCGAGCGCCGCAGCUCGCUCUGCGCUCCGCCCCGUGUGCCCGCGGAGGGGCCCGGGCCAGCGGGCGGGAGCAGCCCGGGGGCGGCCGGCGCUGCGCAAGGCCCGGGCGGGCGGCGGAGGAGCCCCGGCCGGAGCCCUGCCGGCGGCCCGAUGUGGCGCGGGUCGGUGCCCGGCUCUGAGCAGGGAUUAGAAGAUGGUGCGUGGAGCUGCGCCUCGGCUCCCUGAGCGAAGGGGCCGCUCCGGGGCUCUCCCCGCCGCCUGCCCGAGAGGUGCGAGGGGUUAGGCCGGGGAGGCGCGGGGAUGGAGGGCUCGGACGAUGCCUCCCGGGCCGUGGCCGACUGGCGCCUGGCCGUGUGGACCCUGUGCUCCGUGCUGCUGCCCGUGCUCAUCACGGCGUGGUGCAGCUUCCAGCGGUCCCGGCGGCAGCUGCUGAUCCGGGACAUCUUCCGCAAGAGCAAGCACGACUGGCACUACACGGACCUCUUCGGGCAGCCCUCGUACUGCUGCGUGUGCGCCCAGCACAUCCUCCGCGGCGCCUUCUGCAGCUGCUGCGGGCUGCGCGUCUGCGAGCGCUGCCUGAAGAAGGCGGACCAGCGCUUCCUCUGCAAGGAGAUCAUGAUGAGGGGCACGGCCGGAGCCCCCAGCUCCAUGCCGCACCACUGGAUCAGGGGCAAUGUCCCCCUCUGCAGCUGCUGCGUGGUCUGCAAACAACAGUGCGGCACGCAGCCCAAGCUCUGCGACUACAGAUGUGUGUGGUGUCAGUACACUGUGCAUGAUGAAUGCAUGGUGGAUUGUUUGAGAACUGAGGAUUGUACAUUUGGAGAAUUCAAAGACUUAAUUAUUCCACCCUACUAUUUGUCUACAAUCAACCAGAUGCGUAAAGAGAAAAGAACCAGUUAUGAAAAGGUGGUCCCUUACUGCAGGAAGCACUGGAUGCCAGUGAUGGUGCUGGCUAAUACUCGCAGUGGAAACAACAUGGGUGAAAUUUUACUGGGAGAAUUUAAAAUGCUGCUGAACCCCGUUCAGGUUUUUGAUCUCAGCAAAAUUGCACCUGCUAAAGCUCUCCAGCUCUGCACUUGGCUGCCUUGCAACGCUGUCAGGGUUCUGGUCUGUGGUGGGGAUGGCACAGUGGGCUGGGUCCUGGAUGCAAUUGAUGAAAUGAAAAUAAAGGGGCAAGAACGAUACAUCCCACAAGUUGCAAUUUUACCUCUGGGAACAGGGAAUGACCUGUCCAACACCCUGGGCUGGGGUGCAGGCUAUGCUGGAGAAGUCCCCGUGGAGCAGAUCUUACGAAAUGUCAUGGAGGCAGAUGGAAUCAGGCUGGACAGGUGGAAGGUUCAAGUAACAAACAAAGGAUACUAUAACUUAAGGAAACCAAAGGUAUUCACAAUGAACAACUACUUCUCUAUAGGACCUGAUGCUCUUAUGGCUUUAAAUUUCCAUGCCCAUCGUGAGAAAACUCCCUCUCUGUUUUCCAGCAGAAUCAUCAAUAAGGCUGUUUAUUUUUUUUAUGGAACCAAAGACUGCUUAGUACAAGAAUGUAAAGAUCUUAACAAAAAGGUUGAGCUAGAGUUGGAUGGUGAGAGGAUUGAGUUGCCCAAUUUGGAAGGCAUCAUUGUGCUGAAUAUUGGAUACUGGGGAGGUGGCUGCAGGCUCUGGGAAGGAAUGGGGGAUGAGCCUUAUCCUCUGGCAAGACAUGAUGAUGGACUUCUGGAAGUUGUUGGUGUUCAUGGUUCCUUCCACUGUGCCCAGAUCCAGGUGAAGCUGGCGAAUCCCGUGCGCCUGGGGCAGGCACACACAGUGAGGCUGAUCCUGAAGAGCUCCAAGAUGCCGAUGCAGGUGGAUGGGGAGCCCUGGGCACAGGGGCCCUGCACGGUCACCAUCACCCACAAGACCCAUGCUCUGAUGUUGUACCACUCUGGGGAGCAGACAGAUGAUGAUGAUGCCUCCAGCCUGUCAGAGUGACACCACGGGAGGGAGCACAUGGAGAAGGACCUGGAGAAUCUGUGGAAUUUCACGUGUGGCAGCGAGGAACCUCAGCUCUAAAACACCAGUGUCUGAUCUAGACUGAGGUGCAUGCACUAAGGUUCAUGCUCGUGAAUGAGCUGGAGCUGAGGAAAAAGCCAUGCUUUUGCACUCAUGGAAACCUUCACAGCUGAAUUAGCACAGCUGGUUUGCUUUUGGGUUGGUGGGGAUGCCCUCAGCCUUUCCAGCUGGAGUGUGUUCCUCUAAUGGCUGAAAAGGGACAGAUGCUGCAACCCUUCCUUGCUGUGCAAUCAGGUCUUCUGCACAUCCACAGUUCAGAGAGAUGUUUCAUACCCCUGGAAAGGGGAACACUGGGGGUUUGACCUGCUCCCACCUGCCCCAGAACAGUUCCAGAGCAGAAAAGCAGACAAAGCAGAAUAUGGGUUGAUGUCCUGACAGCAGCCUGCUCCUGGCUGCCCUCCCUGCCUGGGAGCAGGAGCAGGAGCAGUAACUCUGUGCAGUGCAUUGCUGAUAAGCUUCACUGGGAGAGUAGAGCAUCUGGGGAAGGUACUCAGCAAGAAAAUUGCUUUUGGACCAAAGGUUUCUGGAAAUGUUAUUUAGGAAAUGACCUUUUUCAGUGGCUUUGUAAGCCAAGGAGUACCCUGAGGUCGUGAGUCCCCAACAUGCCACCCAAAAUAAUUGUACUGUGACUUGCACUGAAUGAUCCUGUGACUUGACUUUGCUUCAGUUCAGUGAGAGACUAAUUCUAGUUUUUGUAAAUAGCAACAUAAUAGUUCUUGGGCAAGCUUUUUGGAGGAAAACUUGGACAAAGGAGCAUCUUUUUUAGCUGUUUAGAGGAAAGGGCUUCAAGGAAAUGAUGAUGACUGGCAAAUGUGGGGUAUUUUUUAAAAACUUGUUAAAGGACGUGGCUCAUAAUUACUGAGAAUGAUCAGUAGCAGGUCAGUCUGUUAACGUUCAAUUUUAAGUGUGGAGGUUGAGCACUAAAUUUGCAGAGGUGGCAUUCAUGUGUAUAAUUUGUGGAAAAAAGGCAUGGGAGCAUUUGUUUUCUGACUGCUCUUAGGGAUCAAAGAUACCUUGGUGGUUACCCUCAUUUCCCUUAUGAAUAUAAGGAGGGAAAAAGUUUAGUGGUUGAUCCUGACAGUGGAGGUUCAGAACACCUACAAGAGAACACAGGGGCAUAUCUGAAGCUUCUCAGGUUAAAAGCUUCUCAGGUGAAAACAUCUUCAUGGUUAACAAAAGUAAAAGAUCUUAUUCCUGUCCUUUUUGUUGCAAGAAUUUUAAGCCCGCAGCAGGUGAGAACUGAGUUGAGGUUUAAAAUGUCUCUGUAAAUUCAGUUUAGUUGCUGAAGGUGCUCUUCCAAGCAGGAAGAGAAUUUAUCCUGUGUAAGCCAAGAUCAUAAGGGUGAGAGCUUUGGUCGGAACUUUGCAUGUUGCUGCUUUUGUCAUGAUCCCCCAGUUUUUAACUUCUUUUUUCUUUAUGCUGACUGAAAAUGAGACCACUGGGUAAAGUAGGCUGUGAUUCUAGGUUUUUUAAAAUGAAACCAUUUUUCAAAAACCUGUAAAAUGAUGUUUGCAUUAACAGUGAACGAUCUAUUUAUAUUUUAAAAUAAUUUAUUGAAACUUGGCAGAGUCAGUAUUUUUAAAACCUUCAACUGUAAUCCUCUUUGGGAAGCGUUUUUAACUUGAUGGUAUUCCUUGUAGAAAGUGUAUGUAGUAGAACUUCAAUACUACUGAUUCUCAGUGAAUUUAUAGCAGUCUGAAAAUGUGAUUAGAGUGUAAUGAGCUGUAAAGCAGAAGCCAUUUGUAAAUUCCAUAUUCAUUAGCCUUAUACACCUCACUUUGUUUUAUUGUAUGUAAAUAUAGAUGAAAAAUAAUAGUAAAAUAUAUGUAAAAAGUGUUUAAAUACCCUAAGUAUACUAUACCAGAUGAAUCCAUUGCUUUUUUUAGUUAUGAGCUUCAAUGUGUAUUAGCUUCAAAAAUCUUACCAGUUAAGUUAUUAUUUUUUAAUAACUAGUAACCUUCAGCAUCCUAGAAGUAUUUAAGUUCUAUGCUGUAUUUCUUAUGUACUGUUGUUUACAAACAAAUGAGGAAUCUCUGGAAAAGCAGGGUAUGUGCUCUGAGAAGCAGCAUUUGAAAUGAUACCACUGGCUACUUUAAACUACUCAAAAUACAAUUUAGACUUCCCUGAAGUUGUUCAGAUGAUUUUUCAAUUUGGUUUAUAGCCCAAGAUCCUUUAAGUGUUGAAAAACUUCACGCUUUUGACUCCUGACAUGUAAAAAAGAAAUAAUUGAUGCCAGGGUUGGAAGUCUCCCUGUGUCAGCACAGGUGAGAGGUGAAUGGGCUUCAGCAUUUCCUGAAUUCCAUCCUUGUGCCCCUGGGGGCUGUUUGUGCUCCCUCUCACUGCAGCUCGCCAGGAGUCCAGUCCAGCAUGUGGGAAACCCUCUGGGAAAGGCAAAUCCACCGUUCCUGCUGGAGAAACAAAGCCAAAGUAGCAUCUCACUGGGGCUUGUUCAGGCUAACCCCUGAUAAACGGCCUUGGUUUUGUGUCUCACCAAAGGACUGAAAGUGCUGGCAGCAAAUGUGGCUGUGCUGGCCUUGGGGAAGGCUCCUGGGAAAUUCUACUCCUGGUGUAGAGAACAUUCUGGAAGGUUGGAGUGUCCCUUGUGACUCUGUAGCUGUCAUACGUGUGGCAGAAAAGGUCUUGUCAAACACAGCCCUGGAAUCUGGGAAGCCUUGCUGUUUCCAGCUGUUCUUUGGUUUCAAUGGAGCCUCCUUUCUGCUGUGUUGCAAAUUGGGUUAAAGCCUGUUCUAAAUGACUUUGAUGCUGCUGUUUCCAGUUUUAGCCCAAGUUUGGCGCCAGCACUGGGCUCCCAAAUUGUCUGGCAGCAGGAAUGGACUUGGCUAAUUUGUAACAGAGCUACCCAGGGCUGUGGUGUGCAUUGUGAAUAUAAACUGCUCCAUGCUUUUGAAAUGUUGAAGGUGCAUACAGCACCAUUUCAAACAGCUGCUGCAUCCAAGGAGUUACUCCUUGUAGGUUGGAACCCUGGAAAUCCCCACAGUAUAUUUAUUAUUCUCUGUCUGAGAGAGGGGGCUCUGCAGUUGGAGCUCCUGUCCUGCACUGAAGGGUUUUCCCUUGUGCUGUUAAUCAUAAACAUUGGAAAAAUAGAGAAAACAGUAUUUCAAAAAGUCAAAUAAAUUGUUCCUUCUGUCAGUCUUUGUAUAUUAUAGCUUUGUGUAAAAUGUACAGGGUAAACAAUAGCACUGAUUGUCAGGCACUUAGAAGUGAGUUAAUUAAGUUUAUUUUUAGGUUGUAUUGCUGCAUCCAGUAUCUUAACUGAAGUGUGGUCAGAUUCUGAUGACUUCCUUUACUCAGCCCUGUGGCAGGCAAUACAAAAAGCAUAAACCUGCACGGGGAGCCCUUGUGGGCCAGCCCUUGCCUGGCUCACCCUGUGUGUGUUUGCUCAUGCUGAGAGGAUGUGCUGGGUAUUUUUAUGUGCACAGAACCUCUCAUCAAAGGCUUUGUCAGACAAGAAAAUUGCAGUGGCUUCCCACAGCUGUUCUUGGCCCCGUGACCCACCUGGCUGCCUUUGCAGAGCUCCAAGGGUUCCCUGGCACCCUGGCCUGUGUUCAGAGCACAAUCUUUGUCCCUUUUGUGCCCAGGCUGUGAGAACUGAUCCCCAAAGGGUUUGGUUUCAGCCUGGCCAGUUCCCCCGGUUCUGUGCUAAACUGCACUGAGGUUUUACAGUGUGUGUUACUGUGUCUCACUGGUUAAAUAAAAAAGCACUGCACCUUUAGCUGUGACCAGCACAAUGGCUCAGUGUUAGAGCAGUUACUGCUUUUUACUUGGCAACAAAUGCUUUUGGUAGAGCAGCACUGUAACCAGUCUGUCUGUGGGGCACUUAAAAAUCUGCAUGGGUUCUAACUCAAAAUCCUUUUUAGGUCUGUAUUUUAUACUGACUGCUAGGCACUUUUCUUCCUUUUGGAAAAUAAAAAAUUAAGUCUUGAGUUGGAAUUAAAUUGGGCUGUCUUCAGAUUCAAAACCACUAGGAUGUAACAGAUUCUCUUGAAUGUCAGCCACUUAAAAAUGCUGGUUUGUUCUGAGAAAUGAGAGGUGCUUCUUGAACACAGGGAUGAGGGAGCAGAGACCGCUUCUUCCUGUGGUAAUUAAAUAAAUGUAGAGAAUUUACAUAUUCUUUAUUUCAGCAAUGUUGAGGCCACAGUUCUAAAGCACGACGUGAUCACAAUUUUGUUAUCUAAGAGUGCUGAAUACCCAAUUCAGGCUUUGGGCAUCUCAGGGAGAUUCUUCAAGCUAGAAUAAAGCCACAUGCCUCAACUAAACCUAGUUGACCUGACCUUAGCUGAGGAUCUGGCCCUUAACUGUUCAAAACUACGAAUGUAUUCAAAAUUUUACUUUCUAAUACUGCCCUGUGUCCUGUGCUGUGUCCCCUGCCGCUGUAUGUCAUUAAUUCUUUGCAUUGUUUAAUUUGCAACUUGUUUGGAGAUUCCAGCAUUAAAAGUUUUCCUUUUAAGAUUAUGUAGGAACUUAUAUUGUAUGUGAGUUUAUUGCAUUCUGUACCUUCAAGGUUUACAUCCCUCAAAAGCCAUUUUGGUUGCUACAAACUGCUGUAAUCCUUUGAGUACCUCCAGCCAUCUUCUCUUUCUAGGAUUUUUGUAGUUAAACAAAAUGGAUUUUUAUUUUUGUAGCUUGUAACUUCAGUAUGUAUAGUAGUUGUUUAGUGAGUAGUGAUCAGAAUACUGUAAAAAUAUUGCUUUUAAGAGCUGUAACUUUAAAUUAGUAAUAACUACUUACACGAAAAUGUCAGCAUGUUAACAGUUUAAAAAAAUUACCCUUUAGUUUCACAUGCUGUGAUGCUGCCACCUGGGAUUUAUAUUGAAUGUGUUUGUCUAUAUGUUCUAAAGUGGCUCUAAGCAAGGAAAAUAUGAGCUUAAAGUGCAAGAAAUAGGUAAAAAAUAGGAUUUAUAACAUUUUUGCAUUUGAGAAAGGUGACAUAUGAGAUUCAGUAUUUUCUUUGUUUCCCACUGAGCAGUAAGAAAGGAGUGAUCAGUGGACUCUUGGUAGAUCAGUUGUUUUUUUAUGGUGUAGUUUGAGAUCUGUAUUUAGUGCCCAAACACAAGCAGACACUGUCUGCACCAUUCUGCCCCUCAGAGCAAAUCCCCAGAGCAGACCCCACAGCCUGCACUAUGUGGGAUCUUCCUUGCCAUGAAAGAACCCAUUAGCACGAUCCUGGACCUCCAAAACAAAUGUUUAAAUCAAAAUUGGCAACUUUUUCUUUGGCAUCAAGCCAGGUUUUCAAACCCCAAACUGAUUUUCCUUUGGUGUUGAAGAGAAGGCAGGCUGAAAUGGGAGGGGAAGGAGGUAAUCCUGUAAAUCCUGUAAAAGUCUUGGUUAUAAAAGCUGAGACCUCUGCUUUUAUUUGCUGCAGAGACACUGAGUGUGCUUUUGUCUCAUAAAAAUCUGUGAUGGUUGGUGCAGUUGUUACACGGUGUGAUUUGGGUCAGGUUCUGCUGAGAACUGCCCCAUUCUGUGGUUCCUUCACAUCAGCAGGGAAACUGAACACUUCAGUGGGUUGUACCAUGGCCUCUCUGUGACUGCCACUCCCACAAGGCUCUGUGGAGAAACAUCUGCCCCAUAUUCUUCAUAAAACUUUGUAAAUACAGAUUUUUCACAGCACUGGCUUUGUUAUUGAAUUUCCUAAUGCAUCUGUUUGUCUUGUCAUUUGUACUGUAUUUCUCUGUAGAUUUAAGGGUGUGGAUUAAAGUAUUUAAACUC